UUUGCCAGGACCCUCUACUUACACUCUUGUUUUACUGCAAAAUAAAGACUGAUGAUGCUUUCAUAUGUGUUACAACUUAAUUACAUACUGCUAAAAUCUUGAAAAUGCCAAAAUAUAUGUUUAUGAAGCAGUUCUCUGGCCAUUUAAACUAAGAGCACAUACAUAUUUUAUAUUAACUUCCAAGGGAAGAAGCAAACAGCAUUUUCCUCUGUGGCAUUAUGGAUUGCUUUUGAAUUGACAAUAAUUUUGAUUUGAGGUAUUCAUCAAGGAACUGUUCUGUGUUGUAUCUAGUGCUGGACUGGAGUAAUUAAGGAACCUGCAUGCUAUUGGGAAGGUAAAGGUAUUACCUCUGUAUUUUGUUGAUCAUUUUAGCUGUGUGUGUGGGCGGGUUCAGCCGUGCACUUAAAUUGCCCUUUCUAACUUCCUCAUUCGGUCUGCUGAGCUGUUGCACUGCUCCCAAGUACACACUGCAUGCCUAACUGUUCUGCAAGGAGGAUCAGUUUCUGCUAAGACAUUUCUAAGAUUUCUUCCAUUUUUCUUAAACUGCAAUUUUCCCUUGUUUUCACUGAGAGCAAGGUUGUAGUGUAACAUCUUAUCUCGGUUUCCUGGUGUUGGGAGUUUUUAUACAAAUACUUUAUUUUAAGAUGUGGUUGUGGAAUUUGAUUGGCCUUAGCAUCAUCAUAAAGGUGCAUGGGUAUUCAGGUGGUUUCUUCCCACAGUCGUGUGAAUCAAUGUCACCUAUGCAUGAAAAAAGAAGAGGGCAAUAUUUUGGUCCUCAGAACACUCAACCGCCCUAUGAGGUCCGUUACCAACAUGGCAAAGAGGGAGAGCCUAUUAAAGUUUUUCUUCAGAGCAAGGAAUCCACAGAGUUCAGGGGAUUUAUGUUGGAGGCUCGAAAGAAAGGCAUGGUGGACGAAGGCCGGCCUGUUGGAAAAUUUAUCGUGCUUGACUCUGAAACAACUAGAACUCUGAAGUGCAGUCAUUUAGAAGACUCGGCUGUUAGUCAAGAAAAUAAUCAAAAGAAGACUUUGAUCCAAGUUAACUGGACAGCGGAAAGAGCAGAGCUAGACAUCACUUUCAGAGCCACAUUUGUUAAGUCUAUAGACACAUUCUGGGAACGAGUGGAUGUGAAUGUCACUUUACCACCACACACCACACCACCACCACUACCACCAAGUACUCAACCAAGUACUACUACAAGUACUGAGCCAAGUACUAUAACAAGUACAACAGAGCCAAGUACUACAAGUACUGGACCAAUUACUACAACAAGUACUACAGAGCCAAGUACUACAAGUACAACAGAGCCAAGUACUACAAGUACUGGACCAAUUACUACAACAAGUACUACAGAGCCAAGUACUACAAGUACAACAGAGCCAAGUACUACAUCCAGUACAACACUGAACGACACUCAAAAAGAGUCCAGAACAUUCAAGCAAGUUACUGUGCCGAUGAUUUUCGACACUGUUUUUGUGGGACUGAAACUGGAACUUCCUAAUAUAGUCACAACCCCCCUCAAAAACAGCCACUUCCUUCAUCGUCUAAAUAAGGGGUUGAAGCUAUCCUGUAGUCUGCUUUGUGCUGCAGUUGAAAUAUCGGCCGUGGUCUUGUUUUGUGUGGGUGAUUCCUUUGAAGUCACUCUCGUUGCUCUUGUGUGUGUGGUGAUAGCGAUUAAUGUCGUAGAGCUGGUAAUCGUCUCUCUGCCAAUUGGACCCAGUCAUGAACUAAAAGAGAUCUGUGACCUUGCUGUCAAAGUGUGCUCUGUCAUCCAUGCAAUUUUUACAAUUGCUGUCGUCUUUAUUGGUGUUUUGAAGAUUGACAACUGCAGUAAGAACAGGAAAGAGUCGUGGCUUCUGAAAGUGAUGGUCACUUACUUAGUGUGGAUUUUCCUGUUUGUAAUUUGGGUUUUCGUAUUCAGUACUCACAGAAAAGCAAUACUGGGGAGAAGAAAAACAGGGAGUUCAAAAAAUACUGAGAGAUGGAGGCAACAAAGAAAAGAGAAGAAGCUCAGUGCAGCCGAAGGGAUUGCUACUGCUGUCUCAGUAAUCCUCGUCGUUGGAAACAUGUCUUUCGCUGUAGCUGUCAUUGUUGGGAUAUCUGGGUGUCAGGAAAAGUAGGCCUGUGCAUGAAGAUGUGCUGGUACUUUGUUUGCACAUGAUUCACAGUUGUUUUUAGUUCUACAUAUUCAAUUUAUGUUGGAACACAUUUUAAAAUCAUUUAUGAAUAUAAAUUCAACUUGAUUACAAAUAGUAGCUUUUGUAAAAGUUAUUAAUAUGUAUGUUGAUAAUGUGAAAUUGUGUUUCCCUGGUUGGUGCCCGGCGAGCUGUGCUGAUACCGCACGUUGAUUCCGAUCUCUAAAUAGCAAUAAAGCCUCCUAAUACCAGAUACCGCUAUGAAACAACAUUACCCGCUUCCAUUUUAUAAUGCCUAGACUUUUAAAUGAAAGUAACAAUAAAUAUGUAAUAUAUUCAUGCCUAACACUUUAUACCAGUAGCCUACAUACCAGUACAACAUACCAGUUAGACUAAACAGACUGGAUAAUGUGUUUUGCUGUUCAUUUUCCAAGGAAGUUUAAUAAAUAAGUUCAUAUCUCGUUUUAUGAGAGUUAAGCCUGUCAACAGGGUGAAAGUGCAAAUAUCUGCUAAAGUUACACUUGCCUACAGUUAUGUAUCUCCUUGUGCCAGGCACAACCAGCCAAUAUUUUAGUGGUGUGAUCAUGCCGUCAUGAGUAACUGUGCAGAAUGUGCUUCUCUUAUAAAAAACCAGCCUUGCUAUACUACAUAUAAGUACUGUAUUCAUAAACAUAGAUGGUAUAAAAUGUGGAGAACUCACUCAUGAUAUUAAUUUCCCCUUGUGUUUAAGGGCAAAGGUAAGUCAGUGAGAUAACACUACAGUACAUAAAUGGAGUCUGUGUCAGUCUGCUGACCUCAUGACAAGCCUGUUGUUGCUUAAGCCAGGAGGAGUAUCUGAGGUCAUGAAAAUGCUCAGAGGUCAGUGUGUAAGGAUGAAUAUAAUGUGUCAUAGUGAUCGACAUGAAAUGAGAGAGAUAAUUAACUUAAUUUUAAAAACAUAUAAAGUUUUACCAUAAGCUGUGUGGAUAUAAUUCUAUAAAUCAGAAUUUGUCAGUUCAGGUAGUUGACAUAUGCAUAUCCAUCUGCAGAGGCACACCUAUUAAACACAUAGCAAAUGAUUAAA